AUGACCUCGUUCCCCGAGCUGCGACCACGUCACUGCACAAACGAUUGGCCCCACCCACCCGCUGAGAUCGAACAACUUACUCGAGCCCCGACAUCUGACUUAUACCAUCGAGGUGUCGAUGCACACAGUGGCAGGGCUCCCGCGUCUCCAGAAGGUGCUUGGCAAGCUCCCCAGCCCAUAGCCAUACCGUGUGACCACAGUAUUUUCGACAAAGAUCCUUUCUAUUGCACUAAUCUUUACCUUCACGAGCGUCGAGCAACCAAUGGCUCGACUUCUACUGGCAAAAUUCGCCAAGGAAGCUCUAUUAGCUCGUCUGCCUAUCAACGUCGCAGUUCUCAGGUUCCCCUUUCCUAUGAUUCGCCUUGGGACAGUCAGGAGGGUUUCAUCCCUCGAAUACUUGAAAAGCUUCGGCGAAACACCCAGUACGAUCUUAACCAUCAGGCAUAUCCACGACCAGAUAAGAACGUUUGGUCUGCUGAGCGCAGAAAAUCGCUUUCACCGGAAGCUAGGACGGAUGCCAACGUUCGAUCCAGAGACAGCAUUGUGAAGGAACGCACUUUGAAGCCGCCAACGGCAGACAGCCUGGGGAUAUAUGAAGCACUGACGGGGAGUAAAAUGGUCGUCGGGAGAAAACGACAUGACACCUGCUCAGAAGAUAAUCGGCCGCACGUAUGCGAAAACGACAUGGACCAUACCAAGGGCAGUAGCAGAGUGCCAGCUAUUUGA